CAAAUUUAUAUUUACAUUUUCAUUCAUUUGUGAGGUUAAACCGCGUUUUUUAAUACCAUUUGGUGACUUGUUUUUUUUAUUUUUAUAAUAAUAAAUAAAUAAUUUUAAAAUAAUACAAUUUAUUCAGAGCUCAACGAGUCCAACUAGUUAUAAUCCGACCCAGUUACGGUAAAUAAAUAACCUACAUUUUCUAUAAACAAUAAAAUCACAACGUACGUAAAAUUAAGCAUUUUUCGAAUAUUGUUCGAAAGAAAAAUUCACCAUGGUAGAAGCAUUUACGAACGAUGAAUGCUUGGAAUUGAUAUACAGCAUUAAAAAAUACGAAUUCCUGUACAACCCCUACGAUAAGCACUACAAAAACAAAGUUAUGAGAGAGCAGGCUUGGAAUGACGUGAUUUCGAAAGUGGGCAAACCAGUGGGGCUUUGCAAGAGGAAAUGGGACCUUCUUCGACAACGAUUCAUCAGGUGCCAUAAAAAGCAGAAGAAAUUGAAAAAUAAUGCUGUAAAAGAGGAGACUUGGGUGUAUUUUAAACUCCUCGAUUUCCUCCACGUGAUCUUACCCAAAAAGUGA